GUUACGUGCCAUAAACUAGUCGACGGCUUUCGUUGAUAGCCCUACAGUUUUUUCUCAAAAUGCGAGGUCACUGCAAACAUUACGGUCCAAAUAUGUGUGAGAUUUCCUCUCUCGACAGUGAAAAACAACAGUUAGUGAGAAUGUUUGUCGAAUAUCUACAAUCGGACAAACAUAAGAAACAUGGCCAUGAACUCGAUGGGCAUGGGAAGUGCGGACGCAUGUUUGGUAAACAUGGGCAUGGAAAGCAUCAUGGGCACGGUAAACAUCAUGGGCAUGGAAUGCACCAUCACCAUGGUCAUCAUGGGCAUCACGGUCCUCAUGGCCACCAUGGGCCACACCGUCACGGCAGACCGCACUGCGGACGAGGACGACACGGUCUGCAUGGCCCACACAAAGGCAAAUUCUGGGCCCGUUGGACUGUUGAUCUGACCACCGACGAAUCUGACAACAACACCAACGACACUAUCGAAUCUGGUCGCAAUCCAUCUCCACCACCCAACAAGACCCAGGAACAAGGUACGGACACCGAACAACAAAUGGACAAAAACAAAUGUGAUUGCAAAUGCUCCCGAAAGGGACAUCACGGUGGCCGUUUCGGACAUGGCAAGUUUCACAAGAAAAAUAAACAAACUGUAGCUGAAAACAAGACAACCGAAGCUCCAGCCAAUGCUGAAGAGCCACAGGCUAAUUUAGCUGAAAUGGUGGAAAAUAUUAACAUUGAAAAUUCUCAAUGAAUCAAUUUAAAGGUUGGAAACACAAUGAAACCCACUUGAGAAAUCAAUGACGCCAGUUUUACCUUAGAUAAUGAUGCUAUAUUGUGGUCGCACUAUUAUUAUAGCAUUUUAAAAUGACGAUGGUAACAAAGGAAUUACGAUAAAUAAUUUAAAUGACAAAUGCUUUGGAAAAGUAAAGAAUUAGAAGAAAAAAAUAUAUAAUGGUAAAAAUAUGUUGAAACUACGUAUAUUGUGUAAUCAGUAACUAGAAAUAAUGAGUAAUGAAGUAUCAGGUUAUUUUUGGGAACAAGUGAACCUUUUGGCAUAUGAUUAUAAAAAAAAAGAAAGUGAGUGAAUUAAGGCUC